CAAACCUCCAAACACUUGUAUUCAUAUUGCUUUAUAGCCUCUUGUAUACCAGGUUUCGAUGCUGUCCACAAGGCAACACGCGGCACGCUCGCUUAGCACUAGGCGCUGCCUGUGCAACAUCGGAAGGCAACCAAGAGCCCUACCAGCUAUAUGUCGGGCUGCUUCAAACCGCAAAGAACACUUUAAUGAGAUGGAGGGACUAGCAGAGGCUUACAGCCUCUUUGAGCAGGCCCGAACGAUGUCGCACUUCCAAACGCAGCACGAGCUGGAACAGGCGUUCAUGGCAGACCUCGGUACUGGCGUGCAAGCGGUCGCCGGCGAGCAGGCAUCACGGCUGGCGUUGGUGUCGUUCUGGUGUGAACAAGGGUUAAGUCAGUCAUCGAGCGAGGCCCUAGUCCAGAGGCUGGAAGACAGCGGACGAAGAUAUAGCAUCCAGCAGGUGUCCGCCAAAGUCCAGCGUCUCAAUCGUAUCCUUCCGGACGCGGACAUCGCGGCCAUUGUGGAACGGGAUCCUGCUGUGCUCGACAUGGACCCCGCGCUCGCAAUUCGCAAUAUGGUCCUCCUCGUCGAGGCCUUCCCCGGCAAGCAAGUCGCCGACCUAGCGCAGCGGCAGCCCCGCCUGCUCUACUGCCCCGACCUGCCCGAGCGCGCCGAGCGGGUGCUGGCGCUUCUGACGCGGCUUCACCCCUCCCGGCAGCGCCGAGUGGUGGCACCUGUGGUGGGCGAGAACCCCGACCUGCUCUUCCGCAUGGACUACUACCAGCACGUGUACAUGAUCGACGAGCUGCCCAUUGAGAUCCAAAACAUGUUCGUACUGGCGGAUCAGGGCGUCAGCUUCCUGUACCGCUACUACAAGCGCAUGCGCAACGACUUCAUUGUGGAUAGCACCUCGUCAGAUGAAGAGGCGGGCGUGUGAUGUGGGCUGCAGCGGGAGGAGGUGG